CGCCCCUAUGCGGAAAUAUGAUGUCUUCCUCAGUUUUAGUGGCCAAGACAUCCGCCAUAGUUUUGUUAGUCAUCUCCGCGAAGCCCUGUGUCAACAGCAAAUCAAUACUUUCACGGAUGAAAACCUUGAAAUGGGAGAAGAAAUCUCUCUUACCCUCUUGAAAAAAAUUGAAGAAUCAAAUAUUUUAGUAGUUAUUUUCUCCAAAAGCUAUGUUGAUUCUCCUUGGUGUCUGGAAGAACUCGAAAAAAUACUCGAAUGCAAGGGUUCCAUAGAUCAAAUAGUUUUCCCAAUUUUUUACCACGUGGAUCCCGAAGAUUUUCAAGAGCUCAAAGGGAGUAUUGGAGAUGCACUUGCUAAGUACAGAGAAAAAUUCACGAACAAUUCCGACAAGGUUGAGAGAUGGAGCCAUGCGUUGAUGGAAGUAGCCAAGUUAACUGGUUGGGAUUCAAAGAACAUCAAGCCUGAAUCCGAAUUGAUUAAGAUAAUUGUCAAUGACAUUCGGAAGAAAUUGAACAUUUGGGGAAUUGGUGGUAUAGGUAAAACAACCAUUGCAGGGGUUUUGUACAAUCGAAUCUCUGCUCAAUUUGAAAGUCAAUGCUUUGUUGCAAAUGUGAGGGAAGAAUUAGAAAAGCGCACCACCAACAUGCUUUUGAAGAAGAGGGUUCUUAUCGUUCUUGAUGAUGUGAGCAGUCCCCUGCAGUUAAAAUCUUUGCUGGAAGAGCACGGUUCAUAUGGUUCAGGGAGCAGAAUUAUUAUAACAAGUAGAAAUAAGCAAGUGCUUAAUUAUGGGUGCACCAAAAUUUAUGAGGUUAAGGAGCUGCUUCACCAUGAAGCUUUUCAGCUCUUUCAAUUUCAUGCAUUCAGGCAAAAUCAACCUUCAAAAGCACAUGUGUAUUUGUUAGAAGGGGCUAUAAACUAUGCUAAAGGCAUUCCAUUAGCUCUUAUAUUGUUAGGUUCCAACCUAUGUGAUAAGCAUAUUGAAGAAUGGGAAAGUGAGUUAGUAAAGUUAGAAGGUACUCCCAAUAAGGAUAUUCAAAACAUUCUGAGAAUUAGUUAUGAUGGACUAGAUCAGAAUGAAAAGAAUAUAUUUCUUGAUGUUGUGUGUUUCUUUAAAGGGGAAGACAAAGAUCAAAACAGGUUAGAGGUGCAUGAUUUGCUACAGCAAAUGGGCAAGGAUAUUGUUGACCAAGAAUGUAUAAAACAACCUGGAAAGCGUAGCAGGUUGUGGAACUACAAGGAUAUCUACCAUGUAUUAACAAAGGAUAAGGGGACUGCUAGAGUCGAAGGCAUAAUUCUGAACAUGUCCCAAAUUAAAGAUAUCGAACUAAGUUCUACAGUCUUCAUGAAAAUGGAAAAUCUUAGAUUCCUGAAAUUCUACAAUCCUUGCUCUGCAAAAAUAAAAGUGCACUUUCCUAAAGGCCUCAACUUGCUUCCUGAUGGGCUAAGGUUUCUUCAGUGGGAUGAAUAUCCUCUGAAGUUUUUUCCAUCAAAAUUUUCCCCCAAGAAUCUCAUUGAAUUUCACAUGCGUAAAAGCCAACUCAAACUACUUUGGGGUGAAGAUCAGAUUGCUGAAAAUUUACAAUUUAUGGACCUCAGCCAUUCUAUGAACCUAAUUAAAAUACCAGAGUUGUCUAAAUUCCCAAAACUUGAGGUUUUGCAUUUGAAGGAUUGUACAAGUUUGGUUGGGAUUUCCACGUCUUUAAAGUUGCUCAAAAUUGGCAAGUCUUCCAGGCAGCAUUGGGGAGUUGAAAUCUCUUCAGUAUCUUGAUCUCCAAGGAUGCUCAAACCUAGCAAGUCUUCCAAAUGGCAUUGGCGAGUUGAAAUAUCUUCAGCAUCUU